AUGCGCAGCCGCCGGUGGGAUCGAUCGGUGGGCCAACUCGAGUUUUCAACAAAGUUGCUCAAACUUGGCACGUCUGUGCGCCAGAGUGUGUGGACGAGCGUCGUGUCGAGCACGCUGCACGUGUUCCUUGAGAUGCUCAUGCUGCAAGUGCUCUCUGUCAAAAACGUCGAGAAGCCGGGUACGUUCUUUAUUCCGCAGCUCAAGAACGGUACUGGCGCGAGCAGCUCCGACGCGUCCAUGGCGACCAUAUCACGCUCUAUCUUCUCGAAUCCAGCCGCGGCCCUCGCGCUCACCUACGGCGCUCGCAUUGCCAUUUCCACGCGUCAACGCGGGUGCUCGGACCCGACACACAUCACUUUUGUGACGCCGCGUCUUUUUAGUCGUAUCGACCACCAGUGUGUUGGCGGUCGAGUACCUGGCAGCCUUCUCUUUGCCACCACGGGCACCGAGCUCUGCUUCUCGAUGCCCUAUAGCGACAUCGUCCUCUGAUACCUCUUCACGCAGCUGCACAUUGCGGUCGCAUUUGUGGUGUUCAUGCGUCUGGCCAUGUUUAUCGCCGAACGCCUCGUCCUCGGCUAGCACACCGACGCGUUCGAGAUUGCUACCGAUGAGGCGGCAUACUCGUAGAAGCCUUGGAAAGCGAUCAGGAGAAGCACGUCCAGCGUCAUACAACGAACCUGGCAAGUACCACAAGGCGACCGCACGGCGCUCCUUGAACGUGUCUGCUUUGCGAUUUCUUUCCAUCCACGUCUCGAUCAUGAUGAUGUUUGCGUCCGGUCCCUUGGUCGCGUUCUCAUUCAGCACUACGGUAGCUGAUCAAAUAACAUUCUGAAGCACAUAUAGGAUGGCGACUCGAUGCGGGGUUCCACAAUUUCAUUAAUGUGAUUAUUGAAUU